AAAUUUCGAUGAUCUACGCGUAGACACAAGCGCUUUAUAUGGACUUUAUUGUUGCUCAUAACAACGAACAAAGCUGAAAAGAUGUCUGGCUUACCACGAGAGGUUUUAAAGUGGAUACAAAGUUUAGAUUUGACUUGGCAGAUAAAACAAGCAAAAUGGGAUUUAACAAAUGGAUACCUGAUAGCUGAAAUAUUUUCGUGGUACUUCCCACAAGACAUUCAGAUGCAUUCUUAUAAUAAUGGCACAUCAUUAGACUCUAAACUAAAGAACUGGAGCCUAUUGAAAUUGUUUAUAAAACGUCACAAAUUGGAGAUUCCAGAAGAACUGAUAGAGGGAACCAUUCACUGUAAGGAGGGGGCAGCUCCUGCCCUGUGUGAGAGGAUCUAUGAAUUAUUGACCAACAGAAAGUGGGUAUCUGCCAGGGUGAAGAAACAACCCUCGGAAUUUGAGGCGGAUUUCACAGACAGUGCUUACCAGUUGCAGCUUCCAAUGCAUGCCAGAUCUACUGCCUCAAAAGCUGUCAAAAACAACCUCCGUAUUACUGAAACCAUGGCUGACCCCAACCUCAUACUCAAUGCUCAAAAGGCUCAGAAAAUCAUAAAUGACCACAUCCAACACAGAAAUCUGGAGAGAUUUGAGAACCCAGAAAGGUUUGACGUCAAGCCCACCCUGGGGGAGAAGUGCCUUAGGAGACCCCCUCCCCAGCCCUCCCAGCCAACCUUUGAUGCAGAGAGCACUCAACACACUUUCACAGUGGAUCCUAGUCAGAAACCAGGCGGAGAAGACAAUCCUUUACCAAUGUCAAGAGAACCAAGUGUGCAAUUCAAGGAGAUUGAAGUAAAACAAUUAGACAAAUCUGCUCUAUACAAUAUGCCCAUCCAAGGAUAUUGAUUCAGAAACAAAAUGUUUACAUGUAUUCAUCUAAAACUGUUGUAUAUAUUUAAAUAACUUAAACUGUAAAUAGAAAUGGCUAUAUGUGAUGUUGGCUGCCUGUCUGUAGAAUUGCAUGUUUUUGCUUGUGAGUAAAAAUUGUCAUCUUUAUAAUACAGCAAGCAAACUUUUAAGAACUAUCUUUCUGAAAAAUUCAAAGAGCUGUUGAUAUUUGUUCAUGUAUAUAUUGCAACAUAUUUGUUUACUGUUUGAUCAUGCAUUUAUAUGAGUUUUGGGGUAUAUUUUACUUCCUUUCCAAAAUUUGUACAUAUAAUUCUGAUGUGAUUUGUGAUAGAAAAAAAACUAUUGAAGUUUAUUAUUUGGUUAGAGGAGGAUAAAUAUGAAUUUAAUUAACCUCUUAUGACUGACACAGAAAGAUGCUAGUUUUCUUUUUUCCGUUUCUUGGGGAUUUACCCUUAUUUUCUGAAGUCUUGUUUAUCAUAUGAUAAUUAUCUGACUAAACCAACUUGGAUUGUAAAUCAUUUGGUUUGAUUAAAUAGGCUCAAUUAAUUUAUUUGUUGAUUAAUUGUGUUUAUAUGUUUGCAUACAUGUAUUAAUGUGCAAAAUGUAUUACAUGUAUUCCUUUUUACCUCAUCAUAUUCUGUGAAUAAAAUCAUACUUAACUUUA